GAGAACGUUUCACUCUGGUCAAAUCGUUCGCUUUCACAUGGCGUCGCUUCGGUCUUCUAUUGGCUUGGUUAUAUUACAUCAAAGCUACCAUUUUUAGAGUUUUCUUUUUUUUUUUAGUAUGAUAUCUAUAACAAACCAAAGAAGAACAGGGAUCAAUCAUUCAUAGGCUCAGAUAAACCCGAAGAUAAUACUUACCCAGAUAUUGCAGUUUUUGAUACAACAUUGGUUAGGGAAUCACCAUGUCAAGUAAAGUAAAGCAUAGUUAUUUGCCUGGUCACAUGCUAUAGCUUGUUGGGGAUAGUGGAAUGGAAAGGAGAAGAAUAGAUGAUCAUGAACCGGGUCCAGCUCCUUCACCUCGAGCAGUAGAUAGAUUUGGUUUUGUGAAGCAGGAACAAACUAGUUAUCCUGAGAUUGCAAUUAAGAGCAGGUCAGCCAUUGAAUUUGAGAGGGAGGAAAGACGAGUUAGAAAAUGGAGAAAAAUGAUUGGGGUUGGAGGGAGUGAUUGGAAGCAUUAUGUUAGGCGUAAACCUCAUGUGGUCAAAAGGCGUGUAAGGAAAGGAAUUCCUGAUUGUUUAAGGGGUCUUGUUUGGCAGUUGAUCUCUGGAAGUCGGGAUCUUUUGCUGAUGAACCCUGGUGUUUAUGAGCAACUAGUUAUAUAUGAGACAUCAGCUUCAGAACUGGAUAUAAUUCGGGAUAUUUCACGUACAUUCCCUUCUCAUGUUUUCUUCCGCCAGAGACAUGGACCUGGUCAAAGGUCUCUUUAUAAUGUUUUGAAGGCAUAUUCUGUAUAUGACAGAGAUGUUGGAUAUGUUCAGGGAAUGGGGUUUCUAGCUGGUCUUUUACUUCUUUACAUGAGUGAAGAGGAUGUGUUUUGGUUAAUGGUUGCAUUAUUGAAAGGAGCUGUACAUGCCCCUAUGGAAGGAUUGUAUCAGGUGGGGUUACCUCUUGUGCAACAGUACUUGUAUCAGUUUGACCACUUGGUGCGGGAGCACUUACCAAAGCUUGGAGAGCAUUUUACUAAAGAAAUGAUAAAUCCUAGUAUGUAUGCAAGUCAGUGGUUCAUAACUGUUUUCUCAUACUCUUUUCCAUUCCAUUUGGCUCUCCGAAUUUGGGAUGUCUUCCUUUUUGAGGGUGUUAAGAUUGUUUUCAAAAUUGGUUUGGCCCUCUUAAAAUACUGCCAUGAUGACUUGGUAAAAUUACCCUUUGAGAAACUCAUACAUGCUUUGCGUAACUUCCCUGAGCACUCCAUGGAUCCAGAUACACUAUUGCCAAUGGCUUACUCGAUUAAGGUAGAAUCCUUGACCAUCUUUUAUGGACACUAGAAAUGGAUGUGUAGGGCUUUUCAUAGGUCUCGAGACGGUUGGAGGAACUGAAGCUUGAGUAUGAUAAGAAGAACGAAAAAAUUAGCUCAAUCAGCAGAAACUAAUGGAAAAGAGCUGCAAUGAAGGAUCAUCUCUCAGAUUAAGCUCACGACAAUCGAUCUGAUCAAUCUGCGCAAUCUAACUUUUUUACCAUCAUUAUUUUCAAUUAGCAUUUGUUGAGUUGAUCCUGUAUUUAAAUUUAUUUAUUCACUUUUUAUCAAGUCAAUUUGUAUGAAAAAGGUUCUGUAUCCAGUAUUGUUCAUAUGAAAAAGAAUUUAUUUUUCUGGGUUGAAAGGAGCUGAUAAAAGAGAAUAAUUCCGAAUUAA